GGGCGUUCGCAAUAUCCGAGCCGAUGGGCAGUGGCUGAUCCGCCGCCUCCUUGUUGAGAGAAAGUCCGGUGGAGAGACCGGUGUGACCGCCCACCACGCGGCCGUGGUGGGCGGUCAGGUCCGGUGGCAGCGACCAGGCGGACACGGGAAUGCCGGCGCAGCUGAUGGCGCGAUGACGAUGGCAUGGGCUGUUUUGGGGCUUGGGCUCGAAUACAUUGCAGGGAGGUUGUAUGUACACUACACCCUGAACACUCUUGAAGGAGGGUUCGGGCAUUGCACGCAUGCGCUUUGGGUGGUUUGGGGCUUUCAUGCAAGUCUGACGAUGCUCAUGAUAGUCUUGGCUGGCUCGGGACUGGGUCAGAGGUUACACAGGAGGACCGAGGGAGAGAAGGGAAGGGAAGCAAGGGCUCUGGCGGAGAAAUGCGAAAAUCUUGGUUUGCCAUGUCUGCCAGUCUUAUCCCGGAGGUGGUGCGUGGCCAAUGGCUAUUCAAUAGUUGCGUGCUCAUGCAUCGGAGACCACUAGUCCAAGACCAGAUCUGGAUCACCUUGGUGUCUUAAUCGAGCGGGUGGUUUGACCGGAUUUGGUUAGUAAAUUGCGUCCUGUCCACUUAACCAGCGAGCGCCGGGGGCACUGGCGCGAAUAUCCCCUGCGGCAGGCUCGAUAUGCAGCUUUGGAGAUCGUUGUCCCACGUUGCAGGUCAAUUGUGCAUAUAAGUCUUCCUUGUCU